AUGGACGACAAGCCGACCGCCGGCGAGGAGCACUACAGCCUCCGCUGGAACAACCACCAGGCGCACCUGCUGCGCUCCUUCGAGGCGCUGCUCCACGCCGAGACGCUGGUGGACGUCACCCUGGUGUGCGCCGAGCGCCGCGUCCGCGCCCACAAGGUCCUGCUCGGCGCGUGCAGCCCGCUGUUCCGUCGGAUAUUCAGCGAGAACCCGUGCAAGCACCCCGUGAUCGUGCUGAAGGACUUCCAAGGAUGGGAGGUGCAGGCGGUCGUGGACUUCAUGUACCGCGGCGAGGUGUCAGUGGCGCAGGAGCAGCUCGGGACCGUGAUACGUGCGGGAGAGUCGUUACAAGUGCGGGGCCUGGCAGACCAGGAGGUGGCCGAGGCGGUGGAGUCCGAGAGAUCACCGGUCGGCAGCCCACCGACCGCGACGGCCGUGUCGCCGCCGGCGAGUCCGCACAGUCCGCAACCCCGGCGUAAACAAGCGAGGCCCCGUAGGCGCUCGGGCGAGUCUGAUACACCAGAAAAUUUGUCCAUGCGACGUUCACCGAGUGGUCUCAAGGCAGUGCGAUUAUCCAGAGGACGUUCUCCACACAAACAAGAGCCAGAUGAGCCGGAAACGGAGGCCCCACCUCCACCGAGAAUGUUUCCACCGCACCAGGAUAUGUUCCCACCUGUACCGCCGCCAGGAGUAUCGGCGCUUUCGCUGACACCACCGCACAGUGAGUAA